AUGUAUUUAGGAGCUUGUGAAUCUCUCUUUGAUGGCUUUGAUGCAAGGUAUCAAAAGAUGUUACACGGUCCCCUUAGUCGGCGUCAGAAUGAUACUAAGUCUAAUGCUGAGAAUCUAGCUUCUAUCUUGCAGAACUACUGUCAAUGGUCUGGUCAACUUAUAAAUCAGGCUAAAUCCAUCCUUAUGUUAACUCCUAAUAUCCAUAAGAGUCUCAUUAGGCAUUUUACUAACUGCCUUAAGGUUAAAUAUCAAGCUGACCUUGGUAAAUAUUUGGGAGUACCAGUUCAAUGGGGUAGAGUCAUUGCUUCUACUUUUGCUGACCUUACUGAUAAAUUUAUUAAUCGUAUGCAGGGUUGGAAAUCCACCUCUUUAACUUUUGCCGGUAGAACUACUUUACUUAAAGCUGCUUUGGAUCCGGUUUCUAAUCACCUUAUGACUGUAUUGAAACUUCCUAUGAAAAUCACUAAGCUUUUGAACAUAUAUAAAAGGGAGUUUCUUUGGAAACAUAGAAAAGGCGAGAAGAAAUUUCAUAGCAUAGGAUGGGACACGGUUUGUCAGCCUGUUGAAAACGGAGGAUUAGGAAUAAGGGACCUUCACUUGAAUAAUUUGGCUUUGUUGGCUAGAAUGGCCUGGAGAAUUCAUUCUCAGCAAGAGUCUGGUCGUGACAUCCUCAUAGAAUCAUUGCGUUGGUGUAUUGGUAAUGGGGAAAACAUUAAUUUUUGGAAUGAUCCAUGGUUUGACAAUCUACCUCUUAGCUCUAUAAUUGUUGAUCAAGCUCACAUUGAUCAUACUCUCCUGGUUAAAGAUGUGAUAGAUAAAAAUGGUCCACGGUGGAACUUGUCAUUAUGUGCUAAUGAUCUCUCCUCUUCUGUGCAGAAAAAAAUUCAGUCUAUUGUUAUUCCAGUUUCUCCUUUUGCUCAAGACUCUUUAGUCUGGCAGCUUAGUAAGUUUGGUGAUGUAGUAACUUUAAUCCCGUUUCUUCUGUGGCAUAUUUGGCUUGCCCGUAAUGAACUUGUUUUUAAAUCAACUCCUUUUAGGAGUCUUUUUGUGUUAGGAAAGGCGUAUCGUGUUGCUGAAGAAUAUCAAUUUAGCAUCCUAUAUCGCGAAUGUUCCAAGAAUAAACAAGAAAUGUUCAUCUCUUGGAAACCACUAGCAGCUCCUUAUAUUAAACUUAACUCCGACGGUGUUGCUUCUUCUCUUGCAGGAGCUGGGGUUGGAGGUGUUAUGCGAGACUCUGAAGGUCAGUUCUUAGCCUGUUUUGCGAACCAUAUAUAUCGCAAUGGUAAUAUCGUUGCAGAAAUUCAGGCAAUUAGGCAAGGUCUUCUUUUGGCUAUUCAACUCGGCUACUCUUUUGUGGAGGUUGAAAGUGAUUCCGCUUAUACUGUUCAACUCUGUCGUAAGUUAGUUCCCAGCCCAUGGUAUCUUAAACAUUUGGUUGAGGAUAUCCAUUUUUUGGUAAAGUUUUUUGGCAACGUUGUGUUUACACAUAUGUAUAGAUAA